CACACUAGAUGACUGAAACUAUUAACCAUAUUUUCAUUGUUCUAAACCUAGUACUAGAACACUUGUAAAGCUGUAAAUUGUGAAUCAUAUCUUCUUGUCCUACUCAGUCUUUGAAAUGUUAUCAGUUUUAUAAAUAAUCUACUGAAUCCUAUAUUUUUGAAAUCGGAAAUCUAAAAUUGAGCUGGAACCCAAAUGAACCAAAACUCGAAUGAAUACCAAAAUUUCUAAAAUACAAGUUAUAUAUUUUAAAAUAUUAAUUGUAUUAAAUUUAUAGACAACAAGAUAUUUAUCCAGAUAGGACAAAAAAAAGAUAACCAGAUAUUUAAAAAACUGUUUAUAAAUAGAACUGCUUGAAAAAUCGAAUUAUUCAAAUAUUUAUCUUUAAUAUUAAAAACUAUCUGAAAUAUAUUAUAUGAAAUUUUAUGUAAAUAGCGUAAAUUAUCUGAUAUUUAAACUGAAAAACUCGAAUUAUCUGAUGUGCUUUACUUAAAUUACCCGAAAACUUGAAACUAAUUGGAUCCGAAUUUUUUUGGAUAUUUACCACUUUUCAAUUUUGCUAUCCAAACCGAACAAAAACUAAAAUAACAAAACCAAAACCGAAUCAAAUUUUGUAGAUAUCCAAAUGAUUCUUAGACUUUACCUUAUACACCUAUUUGACCUAAAAUAAACUUGCCAAAUGGAUAUUGCUAAUUUUUUUGGGCUAUAUAUGUAGUUUUAGAGAAAUUGCAAUCAAAUUUCACACAUGGAUAUGAAUAUCACAAGGCCCGAUUUAAAAAAGAAUACAAUCAGGCCCAUACGUAAUAAUAAUAUCAUAAGGCCCAACAUGAGCUUUGUUUCUUCCUCGUAGCAACACAAAUCGAUCGGUGUGCCUCUUAGCUAGGGAUUAUCAGUUGUUUGGGAAUGGAGGCAUCAUCUUCAGAUGAAACACCAUCUAAGUUCCUAUCCGACCUUCCGUCUCGCGGUUUUUUAUCUUCCACCGUUGUCUCCUCCAACCCGGGAAGCUUCCGGGUCUACAUAUGUGAGCAUGACACAUCUCCCCCAGAGGGACAGCAAAUCAGAACAAACCAGCAAAACAUACUAAUCAGAUCUCUCUCGUUAAAGAAGCAAAAGGGAGAUUCUAGUUCUAAAAAGAGGCCUGCAAAUAAGGCUCUUGACAACAGAAGCUCAGCUAAAAGACCUACUAAUGUAUCUAGACUAGGCCUUUGCCCGGUGCUUCAAGGUUUAGGGGUGCCUUUCUCUCCGGGAGCUCGCAGCAACCGGGAGCUUAGUCCGCUCAUACCUCUGCUUUGGACCAUCGACGCUACGCUACUUCCGGUCCUUCUCAUUGAUCUUUCUUCUUCCGUUUAGAAUCAGAAUUUCUUAUAGGUGUUCUGUUUAGUUUAAUUACUGUUCUUCCGCUACUUGUCUUCUUCGUUCUUCUGUAAAAAAUUAAAAAUUUGGUAUAAUAAAUUUAACAUUUUACCAAAAAAAAAAAA